UUAAGACCUUUUGCACAUGCCAAAUGGAAUUGUCAACUUGUCGGUUUAAGUUCCUGUGAGCAUGUCGGCCACCUGCAAAUAUGACAACAGGCACUUGUACUCGAUGAAGCUAAAACUGGCGCAGGGAAAGAACAGGUACGUAAUAAGAUCUGCCCCGUCCACCUUCGCUUCGUUAAAUAUGAGAAACAUCAGGGCAGAGUAAUGAAGCUACAGGAUGGCGUGCCAAUUUGUUGGUUUCAUUGCGGCGAUGGUGUUAGUCGUGCUUCAGUCGGGACAAGGGGUGCUGGCAAGUGGAACACCUCAACCGGAACAGAUUCACAUAUCCAGCACAGGUGACCCCACAGAAAUGAUGAUCACAUGGGUGACGAUGGCUGAGUCAGUUAAGAGCGUUGUGGAGUAUGGGGAGAGGUUGAAACUACCGCUGAACAAGAAAGCAUUCGGUUCCGCUACCAAGUACAAAGCUUGUGGCUGGAAGAAGCGGAUCAUUUAUAUGCAUCGAUAACUUCUCAAACUACAGAGAGCGUUUCAGCAUGCCUGGUAACACAGAAGGAAUUUACUACAGUUGGAAUAUUGGACCAGUACAUAUCAUAAGUUUUAGCACAGAAUUGUACUACUUCCUGGAAUAUGGAAUGGAACCUCUCGUUCGACAAUACAAAUGGCUUCAACGAGAUUUAGAGAUAAGGACAGGAUUAUCUUCGGCGAAGCUCUUUCCUUUAGAAGAUCUUUUAUAUAGACAUGGGGUGGAUGUGGAAUUCUGGGCUCACGAACAUUCCUAUGAGCGCCUUUAUCCAGUGUAUGAUCAUGAGAUCCGGGGCGGUUCAAAAGAGCAGCCAUACACCAAUCCAAGAGCGCCUGUACACAUCACCACUGGAUCAGCGGGAUGCAAGUACUGCCAUGACAAAUUUCAGAGAGAUUACGGUCCAUGGACGGCGUUCCGCUCACUGGAUUACGGGUACACCAGGGUACAGGUGUUUAACAGCAGUCACAUGUCGCUUGAACAAGUCAGCAUUGAUAAGGAUUACCAAGUAAUAGACAGAAUAUGGAUCAUCAAAGACAAACACGGUCCAGAGGCCUGGAAAGGAGAAGAAGAUAACACCGAGACCAGCGCGGAGACUAAGGAUGAGAAAGUGUCGGAGACUCAUGUAACAUCCGUGGAGUGACUCAAUUUUCGGGAAUCUUAUCCGGGAAUCUUAUCCUUAUACUUUUAACGUCGCUUUUUUUGGGAAGGUUUAUGUUAGGACUUUGAAAUGAUAGAGAAAGUCUGCUUUGCCAGUUACCAAAUCAGAACAAUAGAGUAUUUGCAUAUUGCAAAACCAUAAAUUUUGUGCUUUACUGAUAGUUUGAUGCCCAAGUCUACGAGGAUAGAUAAACUGGAUUUUUUUUUUUUUUCAUCAUUUGCUGCGUCGGUGAACACAUUGACUGAGAGAACGCAUCGCGAUACGAUCAAAAUCAAAGAAUUUUCUCUUGUAGGGAAAAUUCAGGUCGCUAUCUCGUAACUAAACAUAUUUUUCUAGUGAUCUUUUGGCAUUUAGCUUUUUCAGCACGUUAAGGCUUGUUGUGGUCAACAGUUGAAGUUACGACUUUCAACAUAUCAAUGUCUUAAUGUCCUCUGCUUGCUGUCUGUACUUUGCACGUGAAUUUUUUAAGCAUAAUUUGAAAACACCUUUGAGCUUAGGCGAACCAUUAAUGUAAACCAACAAUCGUGUCGCUGUUUUUGUCGAAUUUUCGUAAAGUUUUUCAAUGGGUCAGCAAGGUUACUGGGUCGCUGAUUUGUAAGAGUAAAAGAUUGAUUGGUACGACUAACCACUUCAGCUACGGUUGCCCUACAGUUCCAAAAAUUAAUGAUUCAAAAUCAAACAUCCUUUAGAAGGUGAACAACUCAAACGACAGUUUCCAUAACCUUAUCCCAGUUUUGCUGCUCAACACUGCGACCAAAAUACCCAAAGUACUCUUCGUCUCCUUCCCUACUCAACAAAAUAGCAAAGUCAAACGGAUUUCAAAUAUGAAUAGUAAUGCC